GCGGCUUGAAUCUGGAAGUGCGGGACCCUUGCCUAGACUCGCGUGAUGGGGCCGGCCCCAGCCGGAGAGCAGCCGCGCGGGGCGGCCGGGGAGCAAGAGGUGAUGGAAACAGCCCUGGAAGGCACAGGCAAAGAGAAGAAGAAGGCAUCCUCUAGAAAGCGUGUAAGAGCUGGGUCUCCAACAGAGAGCCUCCUCCUGCAGCCACCGAAACUUAGCCGGGCAGAACUCUACAAGGAACCUACCAAUGAAGAGCUGAAUCGCCUUCGGGAGACUGAAAUCUUGUUCCAUUCCAGCUUGCUUCGUUUACAGGUGGAGGAGCUACUCAAAGAAGUAAGGCUGUCAGAGAAAAAGAAGGACCGGAUUGAUGCCUUCCUAAAGGAGGUCAACCAGCGGAUCAAAAAAGUGCCCUCGAUUCCUGAAGCAGAGCUUACUGACCAGUCGUGGCUUCCAGCUGAGGUUCGGGUCCCCCUGCAUCAAGUGCCUUAUAAUGUGAAGGGUUCUUUCUGCUUCCUGCCUCCAACCCAAGUCACUGUUGUGGGCAGCUAUCUUCUGGGCACUUGCAUCCGACCAGACAUCAAUGUGGAUAUGGCACUGACCAUGCCCAGGGAAAUCUUACAGGACAAGGACGGACUGAACCAGCGCUACUUCCGCAAGCGUGCCCUUUACCUAGCCCACUUGGCUUACCACCUGGCCCAGGACCCUCUCUUUGGCAGCGUUCGCUUCUCUUAUACCAAUGGCUGCCACCUGAAACCUUUGCUUCUCCUGCGGCCACAUGGCAAGGAUGAACAUCUAGUCACCGUACGUCUCCACAUAUGCCCUCCUCUGGACUUUUUCCGCCCAUGUCGCUUGCUGCCAAACAAGAACAAUGUGCGCUCUGCCUGGUACCUUGGACAGAGUCCUCCAGAGGGUGGUAGCCCAGAGCCUCCUACUCCUCACUACAACACAUGGAUCCUUCAGGAUACAGCUAUGGAGUCCCAUGCGCAGCUGCUGUCAGCUGUGCUAGGCUCUGCUCUGGGGCUGAAAGAUGGUGUGGCACUUCUGAAGGUCUGGCUGCGUCAGCGGGAGCUAGACAAGGGUCUAGGUGGGUUUAAUGGCUUCAUUGUCUCCAUGCUGGUUGCAUUCCUUGUGUCCACACGCAAGAUCCAUACUACCAUGAGUGGCUACCAGGUUCUGAGAAGCGUCUUGCAAUUUCUGGCCACUACAGAUCUGACAGUCAACGGGAUCAGUUUAUGUUUCAGCUCAGAUCCCUCCUUGCCAGCUCUGGCUGAUUUCAGCCAGGCCUUUCCAGUUGUCUUCCUGGAUUCGUCAGGUCGUCUCAACCUUUGUGCUGAUGUCACUGCCUCCACUUACCACCAGGUGCAGCAUGAGGCACGCCUAUCUAUGGCAUUGCUGGACAGCAAAGCUGAUGAUGGAUUUCAGCUCCUGUUGAUGACUCCCAAACCCAUGAUCCGGGCAUUUGACCACAUCCUGCAUCUUCGUCCACUGAGUCGCUUGCAGGCAGCAUGUCACCGGCUAAAGCUCUGGCCAGAACUUCAAGACAAUGGUGGGGACUAUGUCUCAGCUGUGUUGGGCCCAUUAACCACUCUUCUGGAGCAGGGCCUGGGCUCCCGGCUACACCUGCUGGCUCAUUCUCGGCUCCCUGUUCCAGAGUGGGACAUCAGCCAAGAUCCACCAAAGCACAAAGACUCUGGGACUCUGACCCUGGGAUUACUCCUCCAGCCUGAGGCCCUAACCAGUGUCCUCGAGCUUGGCCCAGAGGCUGACCAGCCGGAGGCUGCUGGUUUCCGCCAAUUCUGGGGAUCCCGUUCAGAACUCCGGCGUUUCCAAGAUGGAGCCAUUAGGGAAGCUGUGGUCUGGGAGGCAGCCUCUCUCUCUCAGAAGCGCCUUAUUCCUCACCAGGUGGUUACCCACCUCUUGGCACUCCAUGCUGACAUUCCAGAUACCUGUAUCCAUUAUGUGGGGGGCUUCCUGGAUGCAUUGAUACAAGAUCUGAAAGAGACCUCCAGCACAGGUGAGGAGGCUUUGACGGUGGUGGUGCGCUGCUAUGAUGAGCUCAGCCGCUUGCUGUGGGGGCUAGAGGGUCUCCCACUGACUGUAUCUGCUGUUCAAGGAGCACACCCAGUACUGCGUUAUACAGAGGUAUUUCCACCAGCCCCAGUCCGUCCAGCCUUCUCCUUCUAUGAGCUGCUCCGGGAGCGGGCCUCCCUGUUGCCCAGACCUGAUAAGCCCUGCCCGGCCUAUGUGGAGCCCAUGACUGUGGUUUGUCACCUGGAGGGCAGUGGUCAGUGGCCACAGGAUGCUGAGGCUGUGCGGCGGGUCCGAGCCGCCUUCCAGCUUCGCCUGGCAGAACUGUUGACGCAGCAGCAUAACCUGCGGUGCCGGGCCACUGCCACGCACACUGAUGUCCUCAAGGAUGGAUUUGUGUUCCGCAUUCGUGUGGCCUAUCAGCGGGAGCCUCAGAUCCUGAAGGAGGUGCGGAGCCCGGAGGGGAUGAUUUCACUCAGGGACACUCCCGCUUCUCUCCGCCUUGAGAGAGACACAAGGCUGUUGCCCCUGCUCACCAGUGCCCUGCAUGGACUCCAGCAGCAGCACCCAGCCUUCUCAAGUGUAGCUCGUCUGGUGAAGCGCUGGGUGCACGCACAGCUUCUGGGAGAGGAAUUCACUGAUGAGAGCUUGGAUUUGGUGGCUGCCUCCCUCUUCCUGCGCCCUGAGCCCUUCACCCCUCCCAGCUCUCCCCAGGUUGGGUUCCUUCGGUUCCUUUCCUUGGUGUCUACCUUUGAUUGGAAGAACAACCCUCUCAUUGUCAACCUCAACAAUGAGCUCACUGUGGAGGAACAGGUGGAGAUACGUAGUAGCUUCCUGGCAGCUCGGACCCGACUACCAGUCAUGGUCAUCAUUACUCCGCAGGACCGCAAAGGCUCUGUGUGGACACAGGAUGGACCCUCAGCCCAGAUCCUUCAGCAACUUAUGAUUGUGGCCGCCAAGGCCCUGCCUGUCCUAGAGAAGCAGCUGACAGAUCCCCGGGGUCCUGGAGACAUCAGGACAGUGUUCCGGCCACCCUUGGACAUGUAUGAUGUUCUCAUCCACCUGUCCCCCCGGCACAUUCCCCGGCACCGCCAGGCCGUGGACUGUCCAGCUGCCUCCUUCUGCCGGGGCCUCCUCAAUGAGCCAGGGCCCUCAUCCAUGAUGCCUGUACUGGGCUAUGAUCCUCCACAACUCUAUCUGGCCCAGCUUAGGGCGGCCUUUGGGGAUCUGGCCCUUUUCUUCUAUGACCAGCAUGGCGGACAAGUGAUCGGGGUCCUCUGGAGGCCUGCCAGCUUCCAGCCCCAGCCUUUCAAGGCUUCCAGCACAAAGGGUCGCAUGGCGGUAUCACAAGGUGGGCAGCUAGUGACAGUGCCCAAUGUAGAAGCAAUCCUGGAGGAUUUUGCUGUGUUGGGUGAAGGCCUGGUUCAAUCUGUGGAGGCCCGAAGUGAGAGGUGGACUGUGUGAUCCCAGCCCCGGAGCAAGUGGUAGAUGGACAGCGGGACUUCGAAGCCCUAGAGCAAGAUGUCGGAGGAAGUCACCUUCCUUGCAUAUGGCCCCUCCAUGGAGGACCUGUUGACCUUAACACACUGAAUUGUUCCCAGAGAGAGGCUUGGUCCUGGACUGGGACAGGGGCCAUGGUGUAUUGUGAAGACUCCUAGACCUGAUUGCCUGAAAUCCCAGAAGAGGAGUAGGAGCCAGCUCAUAGGAAACUGAGCCAGGAGACCAUCUGCCUGUCAGCCCUGGCCUGAGAUCUUUCCACUCUUACUUUGUCUGUCAUGGGGCUUGAACUCAGGGCCUGGGCACUGUCCCUUAGCUUUUUCACUCAAGGCUCUACCACUUUG